UUUUUCUUGUUUGUUGUGUUGGUUGUAACGUUGACCGAAGAAAGGGGGAGUGUGUGGUACCGCUACGGUAGUAAAUUACCAUUGGCGAUUUACAUUGGAACAGAAAAUUUACGGCGAAGAUUUCGUUUUCAUUACUCCAUCUGUUUCAGAUUAAGACAAUUCGUAUCCGUGUUAGAAAUAAUUUGUAAAGUCGAGAUUCGGCAGUUUUAGUAGCCUUAACAGUUGCAAGCGAAAGUACGGGAAAACACCUGAUACUGCUUACUAUGAAUAGUUGCUUGCUUGCAGCCAAGUCAACUAAAUAUAAUCUUCAACUUGCUAAAUUAAAGCAAACAUACUCGGAAAAGAAAGAAGAAGGAACUAAUUACCUAAACGCGAUCCAUUUGCAUUGUAUCCUGUUGCUUUCAUGAAGCAUUCAAAAUUUUCCGUCGUUAUUUUUGAAUGAUUUUUGGGAGAAAAUACAUGGAGAAUCAUUUGAUGCAUUGCAAAAAACCUAAUUAGGCUUCCAGUCUGAUUUGUACAGAUAGCUAGCUGUAGCUAGCGCCCGAGUAUUUCAAUCCAGUUUAACCCUAUCGGAUUACACUGUUUUGCUUUGUAGCAGAGACGCUGUGUUGUUUUUAAGUCACGAAACGUUCGUUCAUAUAUUGUGAAGAUCAUCUCUUCGCUUCAAAGGAACCCAUCAUUCUGCUGGUGAAUCUAGAGGACAGAGGAACCAUCUGGUGAUUCCAUUCAAGUUUUCACUCUGCUCCCUGCGCGCGCGUGCUGUCCUUAACUCCAACCGAAGGGGAAGAAAGCUUUAAGAACACGAACCCUGUGGCUCGCGUCCGAUAGAUGUCAACCUGGCCUGACAUUUUUAUGGGUCUUUCUCUUCGGCCUAAGCUAGAAGUCCCAGGGUGCAUUGUGGUAACCUGUCAACUCUAACGGCGUUCCCACCAAGUCCCGCGCCACAUCUGACAGCCCGGCGACAUCAAAGCUUCUCUGUUCCUUCUGGCCGUCGAGCUCUUCCACAUUCUGUCCGUAGUUGUGGGUGGAAUGUCAUCUCUCUAACCCCUGUCAGCCUAUUAAUCCACUAGAUCGGUACACCUCGUUGGGAGCGCGUGCGGGGCCAUGGAGGACUAUGACGUGCGGUCGGCGGCCAGCAUCCUGGCCUCUGUGAAGGAGCAGGAGGCGCGUUUCGAGCGGCUGACCCGCGCCCUCGAGGAGGAGCGCCGCCACGUCUCCCUGCAGCUGGAGCGCUCCAGCCUGCCCGCCGAUAGGCUGGCCGGCAGCCAACCGCUGGCCUGGCAGCAGAUGGUGAUGCAGGAGCAAAGUCCCAGUAACCAGACGUCUCUGGCCAUGAUGCAGGAGCCACAGGAGGUGGUGGAGGAGACGGUCACCAUCGAGGAGGACCCGGGCACGCCCACUUCCCACGUCUCCGUGGUAACCUCAGACGAUGGAACCACGCGUCGCACAGAAACCAAGGAUGUGUCAGCUAACGUAAAGGUCACCAAGAUGGUGAAGACGGUGACCACGCGAACGGUUCGGCAGGUGCCCCUGGGGCCCGACGGCCUGCCCCUGCCCGACGGCUCCUCCCCCAUGGGCAGCUACACGGACUCCAUCGACCGGCGUUACCUGAAGAACGGCGACCGCUACAUCACCCCGCAGGCCACCUCCACGCUGGGCCGCUCCUUCAACAACUCCUACGGCGGCGGCGGCGGCGGCGUCGACUCCUCCUACGGGGACACGCCCGAGGGCCAGUACCGCCACUACGGCGGCGUCGGCGUCCACGACGGCUACGGCGACAUGACCGACAACUACGGCAGCCUGUCGCGCGGCGUGGGCUACCGGCCGCGCUACCCCUACAUGCCCGCCAACAGCUACCGGCCGGAGAACAGCUACACGCUGCCCGCCAUCCGCAAGGACGACUACGGGCACGUGGCGCAGCCGCAGGUGGGCGUGCUGGGCGGCGUGGACCUCAACCGCUCGCAGCCCGAGCGCUUCCAGCCCGAGCCCUACGGCCUGGAGGACGACCGGCGCAGCCUGGGGCCCGAGGACGAGGAGCCCUACGACCUGGAGCCGGACUACUCCACCGCCAACCGCCGCGUCCUGGCCGCCGCCGACCGGGGCCGGCCCCUGCGCGAGCCAAUCAGAGACGUCCCCCGAGUCAGGGGGGCGUACGAGGACCCCAUCGAGGCGGAGCUGAUCGACGAGCGGCACCCCUACAUCCACGGCAUGUACCCGGCGCCCCUGGCCCAGCCCGAGCGGGGCAGCAUGGCCAGCCUGGACCGCAUGGGCGGGGGCCGUCGCUCGCCCUCCAUCGACAGCAUCCGCAAGGACCCGCGCUGGCGCGACCCGGACCUGCCCGAGGUCAUCGCCAUGCUGGGCCACCCCAUCGACCCGGUCAAGUCCAACGCCGCCGCCUACCUGCAGCACCUGUGCUACGAGAACGACAAGAUGAAGAAGGACGUGCGGCAGCUGAAGGGCAUCCCGGUGCUGGUGGGGCUGCUGGACCACCCCAAGGCCGAGGUGCACCGCAAGGCCUGCGGGGCCCUGCGGAACAUCUCCUACGGCAAGGACCACGACAACAAGGUGGCCAUCAAGAACUGCGACGGCAUCCCCGCCCUCAUCCGUCUCCUGAGGAAGACCAACGACAUGGAGGUGCGGGAGCUCAUCACAGGAACGCUGUGGAAUCUCUCCUCCUACGAGCCACUGAAGAUGGUCAUCAUCAACCACGGCCUGCAGACCCUGACCAACGAGGUCAUCAUCCCGCACUCGGGGUGGGAGAACGAGCCCAACGAGGACUCCAAGCCGCGGGACGCCGAGUGGACCACCGUCUUCAAGAACACGUCCGGGUGUCUGAGGAACGUGAGCUCGGACGGGGCGGAGGCGCGGCGGAGGCUGAGGGAGUGCGACGGGCUGGUGGACGCGCUGCUCCACGCCCUGCAGUCCGCCGUGGGAAAGAAGGACAUGGACAACAAGUCGGUGGAGAACUGCGUGUGCAUCAUGCGCAACCUGUCCUACCACGUGCACAAGGAGAUCCCGGGGGCCGAGCGCUUCCAGGACCCCGGGGCCGUCCAGACGCCGGGCUCCGGCGGGCCCCAGAGGAAGAAGAAGGACGACGCCGGCUGCUUUGGCGGGAAGAAGGCCAAAGAGGAAUGGUUUAACCAAGGCCGGAAAAACGGAGAGAACGACAAAAACUACGACACACUGGACCUGCCCAAGCGUACCGAGCCUACGAAAGGCUUCGAACUGCUGUACCAGCCGGAGGUGGUGCGGCUCUACCUGUCCCUGCUCACCGAGAGCCAGAACUACAACACCCUGGAAGCCGCAGCCGGAGCACUGCAGAACCUCAGCGCCGGCCAGUGGACUUGGUCGAACUACAUCCGGGCGACGGUGAGGAAGGAGAAGGGCCUGCCCAUCCUGGUGGAGCUCCUGCGCUCCGACUCGGACAAGGUGGUGCGCGCCGUGGCCAUCGCCCUGCGCAACCUGUCCAUCGACCGCCGGAACAAAGACCUGAUAGGGAGCUACGCCAUGAGAGACCUGGUGAGCAACCUGCCCAGCGGCCAGCAGCGGCCGGCCAAGAACCUGGAGGAGGACACCGUGGUGGCCAUCUUGAACACCAUCCACGAGAUUGUGACAGACAGCUCAGAGAACGCCCGCUCGCUCGUCCAGGCGCAGGGCGUGGAGAAGCUGGUGGCCAUCAACAGGACGAGCCAAUCGCCGCGGGAGACCAAGGCCGCCUCCCACGUGCUCCAGACGGUGUGGAGCUACAAGGAGCUGCGGAACGCCCUCAGCAAGGACGGCUGGAACAAGACGCACUUCCAGCCGACAGCCUCCGGCCUGGCCAAAGGUUCGAAGAACAGCAAGCCGGGCUACGACGACACCACCCUGCCCCUCAUGGAGAAGAACCAGGGACACAAGAAAUCGGGCAGCGAUGAUAUGAUACCUAUGGAUGAGCUCGGCAGAGACGGUUACUCCACCAUCGAUCAGAGAGACAAAGACUGCAAGUACAAAACCGGGGAUGGUCCAGCAGACGUAACAGAGAGGGAACCCUUAAAGAGUGACUCGAAUAGGAAACAGUAUAUCAUGAGUAACAGGCCCACUGUGAAUCUGGUGGAUGCUUGUGACGUUAAACCCCAGCCUGUUGACUCCUGGGUCUAAAUGCAUGCAUGGCUUAAAAUAAUAACAGCGCAACAUCAUCUCAACUAGAGGAGGAUCGCAUAUAUAUCACCACUGCCAUUAUACAUGGAUGUCAUUUGUCAUGUAUUUACACAAAAAAACUUUACCAUCCAGCAGCAAACAUUCAUGCUUUUCAGCAAAUAUGGAAUUAUAAAAAAAAAACCAGAAGAUUAAAAAAAAAAUAAAAAAUAAAAAUUACUACUUCCUCUUCUUUAUCAUAUCUACAUUCCCAACUGGACUUAGUAAACCCUAACCAAGGACGGAGCUUCUGUAUCCGGGCGGAUUGUCGUGCAAAGAGCGGUGGUUGGUGAUUGGAGGAGAAUAGAAGGUUGCCCUGUUGGAAAAAAGGCCACGUGGUUGAGAGAAAUGCGGGGGGAGAUGAAGAGGGAGGCUGAGAGGGGAGGGGUGUGGGGUGGCGAGAGAGAAACAAAAUGAAAUUUUCUUUUUUUUUAAUGCUUAGAAAACACAGCCUCAAAUUUAACAUUUUUGUUUUGCUUUGUUGCUUUUUUUUGUCAUACUUCUUCUUUUUUGUUGUUGUUUUUUUGUUGGUAUGUUUGUUUAUUGUUUUUUCUUGGGUGGCGUUUAAGAAAAUCCAUUCUUACGAUUUUUGGUUUAUGACAGCUGAAUUGAUUUUAUUUUAUAUAUAUUUUUUUUUGUUCCCCCUUGAGUUCUUUAUUGUGUGUAGUUUAUCAUUCUUGUUUCGGUUUUCAGAGUUUUGGGAGUGAGGUUGGGCGUGGAAGGUUGGAGGAUUGGUGUGGUUUGAGUUUGGGACUGGUGUGCUCAAAGUGAUGGGGGGGGGCGGGUGUUUGAACAGAGUUAGCGCAUAUGCUGUUUCACGUGCUGGCUUCAUGCGCACGCUUCAUAGCGAGCGUUAGCUUUUUUAUCCCCCCUUCUGCUCACUGAGAUCAGCAUGUUUUCGCAGCUAACGGUGCUGACAGUCACGCUAGGAACCCAGGUGCUAAUGCUAUAUACCUGCUGGGGUUCAUUGGGGUCAAAUGAGUGAAUUGACAUUUGUUGCGUUGUCGCCAAACAAAAUGGAAACAAAUUGCUUAAAUAAAUAAAUAAAUAAAUAAAUACAUGUGUAUAUAUCCUCCUAUGAUCUGGCAAUUCAUUUUUGUCUCCUGUAGGGGACACAGGUUUUUGGUCUUAAUAUUUAGAACCGUUUGUUCUACUAUGCUAAAACCUACACUACAAGGGACAGUCAAUAAAAAUUUAAAAAAUAAUAUUUUUGAAAAUAUUUUAACUGCGACAUGUUUUUGUCAUUCUAGACACUUGUAUUAUGUCAAAUUUUAAUACGGAUUGUUCUGCCAGGUCUGAGGAAGAUAUAUAUAUACAUAAUCAGUUGGAAAAUGUUUCAUGUUCAAAGACAGAUGUUUUGCUGCAAAUAUGUGGGUUUGUCAGUUAACCUGGUUCAUGACCUGUUUUUUUUUUCUUUUUCUUUUUUUUUGCAUUGUAUUAAAAAGUGUGAGAGGAAAAAUGACACUUUGUGUUAAGGGUUUGUGUUGGUGAAGGAUUUGGGAGAGUUGCGUUGAAAAGAAGCAUCUCCUAUUGUCAAAUGUUGCAUUUUAAAGCAUUUUAUAUUUUUGUUGAUUUUAUAAAUGUAUAUUAGGAUCAAAAAGAAAAAAAUGAAAAAAAUUAUACAAACUUCUAAUUCGUCUUUAUACGUUGUUAGCUGUGUAUCCAUAAUCGGACGUUUGGGAACUGCGUUCAGUGGAUUCAGAAUUGCCAUGUUUGUAUAAAGAAAUAACCGCUUAAAGCUAACAGUGUGUAUCCAGCCUGCGAAGUCAUGUCGGUCACCUAUUUAUAUUUUGUAUUGUCAAAGUAAAAAAAAAAAAAAAAAAAGACGAAGAAGAAUUUUAUCUACCAGUUUCUUUUUAAAGAUGGGGAAACAUAUUUUGAACUGAAGAAGUCCUGAUUGCCAGAAUCGUUCAGGGAAGUGAGAGGUGAGGGUUCUGGAACACGGUGAGGACAGACGAAGCAGAAGGAGAGUACGGACGAUGUAGCAGGAAAGUACGGACGAUGUAGCAGGGAUAGACAGAAGACAGACAACGAUGUGACAAUGGCCGUCGUAUCACUGCAGAUGUAUGAAGUUGCUAAUGACUAUCUCCGAGCGUGCGCAGAUUUUUACUAAUGCAUCUUUUGAAAUCUUUUAAGCAAGCAUGAAGAAAACUGUAAAGAUGUUUUAUGUUUUUCUUUCCUUUCCUUCCAAGUGCCAGUUUUUUUGUGGUGUAAUUUGAUAUGAAGUCAUUCACAACCGAGAGAGAGCAGUGAAGACGGGGUUUUCUCCAGCUAACGAGGCCAAGCUUUGUCAGUUUGUAAAAAAAAAAAAAAAGAGAGCGAGAAAGAAAAAAAUGUUGCUUUUUAUUUAUUGUGUUUUCUCUAUUUUUUCUAGUUGGAGAAGAGGGUGUUCUGAGAAGGUUGAUUUGUUGUAGCGAUGAGAAAUAUGCCAUUAAAAACAGGACGAGAGAGAGAGAAAAAAAAAGACUAUGAGCUUAGAAACUAGUUCUGUGGUGCUGUGAUGCUUCUCGUUCUUUAAGGUGGAACCCCAACGCAAGGUUUUUUUUUUCAGUGGACAAACGGCGAAGGGAAGCUACUGUACUUUUAAGGAUGAUUCAGCUCAUGCAUCAACUAGGCAAUUGGCAUGUGCCUACGUCAGAGUCUGCUUUUCUUUGUGCCGUGAAUUUCCGAAGCUUGCUUUUUUUUUUUACACAGUGUUUACAAAGACAGAUAUUAUAGAAUAACUAUAUGUGUACUAACUUCAAUUAAAAAAAAAAAAGAGAAGAAAUUAGCCCACGUUUAUGUCUUUGGUACUGUGUGCGUUCGUUGAAAAAAAAAAAUCAUCUCUGUCUAUCCCUGGCUGCCUUUUUUUGCAGUACACAACCAAAGGAUCUGAUAUUGUGUCGGAGAAUAUAAGAAAGGGGUUGGUGGGGUUUGUUUGUAGUUGUUCUACAGACUGUUCACUACAGAUCUGCUAAACCAAGAUCUGAAUCAAAUGCAAGAACUGGCAGAAAGUAAAUCAAAAUGCGCAAGACCUACCUGUGUAGAUAUCACUGAUCAAAAAACAUCAAAAUAAAAGUAACUGUACUACUAAGUAGCAAAUGUGUUUGUAACUAUCAUGUGCCUUAAACUUUUCCAUGGUAGAUUAAAAAACAAUGUGUUUUAUAUAAGUCUCUUUCUCCUUCCCUCUCUUUAUCUCUUUCUCUCUCUCGCUCUCAUUCUCUCUCUGUCCUUUCCUCUUGCUCUCACACACAAACACACUCUUGCUCUCUGUUCUCAGUGUAGUCUAGACUGGUGGUGGGUUUUUGCCUUGUAUUACAUUGUAUUAUAAACCUUUAAACAUAGAGAACAUUAAAAACGGUUUGAUUUCAUAGAAGAGUAAGUUGUUAAUGCUUUCGUAGGGAUCAGAAAAAAAUGCCACAGUGACAGAAUGUAUUAUGUUAAUUUCACUAAUAUCCUGAGGAAAGUAUUAAGCUUGUUAAAAUAAAGGAAAAAGAUACAGGUUUGUAGAGUAUCAAUUUGGUGUGUUUUCAAUAAACCGAGCCUGGAAAGAA